CGUAAAACGCAGUGUUCUCAAGACAAGGCAGUCGAUACAAGGAUGUCAGAAAAAAUAAUAUAUUUUUUAGUAUUUUUGUUUGCUACUGGUUAUGUUGAGUGUCAAUCGUUAUCUGGUGUCAGUAGUGAGCUGGAAAAUAUUGAUCCCGUGGCCCUUUUAAAACCGCUAGCGAGUUUGUUGCCGAAAUUCUUAAACAUAGCUGUAGAUAUCCUGGACAGCUUGCUCCCAGCGCCCGCGCCGCCGCCCGCCCUGCCUCAAGACCGGCUGUGGGGGGACGGGAAUGUCUCCGAUCACAGCGUCAGACCUUUUAGAGUCUCUUUUAGUGAUAAGAUGAUAACCGACUUACAAGCGCGCCUGGCCAGCCGUCGCUCCCUAGUACCAGCCCUGAACAAUUCAGGAAACACUUACGGCACCCACUCACAGCUACUAGACAAAGUCCUGGAUUACUGGCUCUAUGACUAUGACUUCAAAACUCGAGAAGCAUACCUGAACAGGCACCCUCAGUUUGUAACGAACAUUCAGGGUUUGGAUGUGAAGUUCAUCCAUAUUCGGCCAUCCGGUUCGAAGCGAGUUGUGCCAAUUCUUUUACUUCAUGGUUUCCCGGUGACUGCUUUCGAGUAUAGUAGAGUGAUCGAUUAUUUGUGUGCCAACGAUGAAUAUCGGGAUUUAGACUUUGAAAUUGUUGCUCCUGAUUUGCCCGGGUAUGGGUAUUCACAGCACACCAACGAAAAAGGCCUCAACCCAUACCAAAUAGGCAUAAUGAUGAACAACUUGAUGAAACGUCUGGGACACGACAAAUACUUCAUACACGGCGGAGACGUGGGGUCUCUAGUGGCUUCACCCAUGGCAAUAAUGUACCCUGACAAGGUUCUAGGAUACCACUGCAGUCUACCGUUCAGCCAGCUGCCGAAGACCUUAGUGAAGUAUGUUUUUGGACAACUGAUGCCGGUGGCCGUAGCCAAGCCGGAGUAUGUUGACAGAUUGUACCCGAUUUCGUAUUAUGCAAGAAGUUUUUUCGAUAAUUUUGGGUACUUGAUGAUACAGUCGACGAAGCCGGACCAACUGGGACAUGGUUUGGACGCGUCACCAGUCGCGCUAGCUGAUUGGCUGACGCAAUUCUUCGUGACAGGAGGCGAGGGGAAAGUCAGAAACCAACUAUUCAUAGACGGGAAUAUCUACAAAAACUACGACAUCGAUGAUUUAAUCGAUGACUACACGAUAUACUGGAGCCAGAAGUGCAUGAUGACUGCUGGGAGGUUUUACAAAGAGUUGUUGGACUUUUCUGAUGGAGUCAAUGUUGAUAUUAAUUUCUUGACAAAAGUGUUCGUACCGUUCGCAGCCCUAAACUUCAAGGACGAGAUCAUCUACCAGCCAGACGGCUUCAUCAGGGACAAGUACCCAUACCUGGUGCAGAGCAUAACCUUGGACUACGGGGGUCACUUCGCAGGGUUCAUGAACCCCAAGACUUUAGCCAGGAGCAUCCGGUCAGCCGUACCGAAGAUGGAAGAGUUCAAUGAGCAAAGAUUUGCUAGUGCUGUCCAGUUUGUUUGAUAGGAAUAUGGAUUUGACAUUGUUUUGAACUUUUAGGCCUAGUUUCACCAUACUCUGUUACAUUACGAGUAUAACAAGGGAUUAGUUGUUGACUUUUGACACAUCCGUAAAAAUGACACUUAACAAUUUAACAGGGUGUUAAUGAUCUAACAAACUAUGGUGAAACUAGGAAUAACCUAUUCAGUUAAGGGCAUAAACGCAAAGUUUUUUUAUUAUUAGAAAAUAUAAGUACAACAUUAUUAUACAUUACAGUUUGAGUGAAUGGACUUCGUUUAUUUUUUUAUCAUAAUCACUAUCAAUGUUUCAGUCGUAAAAUGUGAUAUGAAUUUAUCUUUUGUUAUUUUACAAUGUGGAAUUUUAACCACAACAGAUUACUGAAUAGUUUUAACAGUGAACUUCUAGAAGGUCAAGGUACUGAACCUGUUUCAGGCUUUCACAUAAGUACCUACUUGAGAAAAAAAUGUUUUUGCAUGGGCCAGUCCAGAGAGAGAGAGAGAGAGAGAGAGAA